GCGGCUUUAAACAGGGAUGCAACGGCCACACCUCGACUCCGCUUUGAGCAAAAGGAAACACCAUUUUACAAUUUGAAAUCCACCGACCCGGGCUUGUGAAAACCUACCGACCUCCCACCCACCAAAGCGCCAGCUCGUGUGCCGAUUCCUCCUCCUUUCUCUACUCAGUUCCAGUCUCUUUCGUCAUUCUUCGUCUCUCCCGCCUUUCUGUUCUUUGUCAGUUCGUAACCGUAUACACUCAAAACAACCAGCUUCGACAGCCAUUCACCUUUCCGAAACAAAAAAAAAUCCAGGCAAAAAUUUAAACUCUACUCGGCUGACCCAUCGCCGCGAAUUUCCGAUCCCUGUAUUCCAAACCCAAAACCUUUUUACAACACUACAAAAAUGUUCGCUACAAAGGCUCUCCGCCAGGCUGCUGCGCACGCCGAGCGUCAGCCCCUUAUCAAGUUUAUUGGCAAGAGGAACAUCCCAGCCUCGGUCGACCACACGCCCCAGCCUCACCCCGCAGCCCCGGGCAACAUCCUCCCCGGCAGCGGCGCCACCACCUUUAGCAAGUACCGCGAGCACGCCCAGCAGUUCGGCCCCCUGCGCAAGACCAUCAAGUCUGGCGACGAGGGCCUCGUCGGCGGCACCUCUGGCCACGACCUGGGCCCCGUCCAGCCCAGCAAGAGCGGCGUCUUCUUUGACCGCAGCGAGCUUCCCUCCAGGUUCCACCGCCAGCCCCUCAGCAUGGCCGAGAUCGAGGCCAUCGAGACCGGUGGUGCUGCCCUCUUUGCAUGAAUGAGAGGAGAGCAAGUGGAAAAGUUUGCGGCACUUUCGGCGGUUGAUUGAGCAAAGACGAAAAAAAAGACAAAGGCGACGCAAAAAGCGUCCCUGUCAGACGUGGGGAGAGACUAUAAAAAUGAUGAAAAGACUUCAGCUCGAGGGCAGAGACGUCAAGAGCCGGGAACCUUGACGUCUAGAAACCUGGGGUCUAGGCGAAACCCCCUUGGCGCCGACGCCAACCUUUGAUUAUUCAACAGGAACAUCAUCGGCGCCGGACAAAACAAAA